AUGACAUCUUUCAACAACAAAACUGUCAUCAUCACGGGAUGCAGCAGCGGCAUUGGCCUCGCGACGACCCUCCUCUUCCUAUCACAGAAAGCCCAAGUCUUCGGCAUCGAUAUGUCGCCGUUCGACCAAGACCUUGAUGUCACCCAGAAAGCGUUAUUCACCUUCCACAAAACCGACCUUUGCAAACCCGGCUCAGCAGAAGAUGCCAUAGCUGCUUGCAUCGCAAAGUACGGACCGAAGAUCGACGUGCUGGCUAAUGUUGCAGGCAUCAUGGAUGGUUUUGGCAGCGCCGAUACAGUCAAGGACUCGGAAUGGGAGCGCGUCCUGACCAUCAACCUCACAGUACCGGUCAGAAUGAUGGCAGCUGUGUUGCCCAGUAUGAAAGACCAGGAAAGCGGUGCCAUCAUCAAUGUUGGUAGUUAUGCAAGUCUUUCCGGUGCAGUGGCAGGCAUCGCAUACACAGCCAGUAAGCAUGGGCUUGUCGGUGCGACCAAGAACGUCGCAUGGCGCUUUCGCAAAGACGGUAUUAGGUGUAAUGCCGUACUCCCAGGCGCCGUGCCGACCAACAUCCGCUCGUCUGUGGUGAAAGAGGACGUCGAUCAGGCUGCAAUGGAAAUGUACAACCCCGUGCAGAUGUUAUGCCAAGGUCUCGAAAGAGACGAUCUUCCAUACGGAUCAGUGGGCCCGAACGAUAUCGCACAGGGCAUUGCAUUCCUUGCGUCUGAUGCUGCAAAGACGAUCAGCGGUAUUAUGAUGCCGAUAGACAAUGCUUGGUCGACGAUAUAG